GUCUCUUCUUCAAAAAUGUGGUUGCGGCGUAUAACAGUGGUUCCCUACUUCGGAGCCUUGAGGAGAUCGCCCAGGUCUCAGUGCCUUCUUACUUCCGUCUAUUCAUACUCGGACGCUCCUUGCAAAAAGCCGAAGCUUGCCCCUUUACAGGAGAGGAGAAUGAUUGAUAAGUUCAGGCUGUGGGCUAAAGGGGGCCAUGGCGGCAAUGGGUGUUCCAGCUUCCACCGCAGCCGAUGUGAUCGCCGGGGCAAGCCCGAUGGUGGGAAUGGUGGAAGAGGUGGUAAUGUGAUUCUAGAAUGUUCAGCCGCAGUCUGGGACUUCAGCAAUCUGCAACAUCACUUGAAUGCAAAGAAAGGGGGGCAUGGAGCCUCGAAGAAUAAGAUAGGAAGCCGAGGGGCAGACAAGGUUGUGCAAGUACCUGUUGGCACUACAAUUCAUCUUCUAGAGGGUGAAUUUCCAUCUUUAAUUGAGAAGUCUUCCUCCACAGCUUUGGAUCCUUGGGAGAUCCCGGGUGAACUUGAGGGUAAUGAGGGUAGUUUGUCUACAUCCGAUCGACAGAACACAAUUAUCCCCAGUACAACAGAGGUAUUGGAAAGAAAGGACUUUGAUGUCUCAUCUUCAUGCAUUGAAAGUUUCAACAAGAAAUCACCUAGCACCCUGCACGGAGUCCAGGGGUCAUCAGAUGGAAUUCAUGCUCGGUCUUCUCCAUUCAGCAAACAAUUCAAAGCAGGUAUUGAUGAAUCUGUCUCCCACUCUGAAGAAGGUGAGAGUGAGGAUGAAGAUGUAGAAAUUGGUGACAGUAUGUCAGGGGAAGAAUGGGAAGAGGAUGAGGAAGAAGAAGUGGAAAUUGUACAAUAUAAUGUUGCUGAAUUAAAAGAACCAGGUCAGCAAGUUGUCAUUGCUCAGGGAGGAGAGGGUGGUCUUGGUAAUGUCUCUUCUGCAAAGGUCUCUAUGGCCCAUAAACACAUGAAGCAUGGCAACCACAAGGAUGGAGCCCCUGAACUUGAGUUAUCAGAAGAUGAAGAUCAAUCCUCGCCUAGUGUUGGUUCACCUGGUUCAGAAGCUGUCCUAAUAUUAGAACUAAAGAGUAUAGCUGAUGUGGGCCUAGUUGGGAUGCCAAAUGCUGGUAAAAGUACUCUUCUAGGGGCCAUUUCAAGGGCUAAGCCUGCUGUGGGCCAUUAUGCCUUCACAACCCUGAGGCCAAAUAUAGGAAAUCUGAACUAUGAUGACUUCUUCUCAAUCACUGUGGCUGACAUUCCAGGACUCAUAAAGGGGGCACAUGAGAAUCGUGGACUUGGGCAUGCAUUUCUGCGGCACAUAGAACGAACAAAGGUUCUAGCUUUUGUGGUAGAUUUGGCAGCAGCACUAGAUGGAAGAAAGGGUAUUCCGCCAUGGGAACAGCUGAGAGAUCUGGUAUUGGAGCUUGAAUACCAUCAAGAAGGUUUGACAGAUAGACCCUCCUUAGUGGUAGCAAAUAAGAUUGAUGAGGAGGGUACUGAGGAUGUAUUUGAAGAAUUAAAGAGAAGGGUUCAAGGUGUUCCAAUUUUUCCUAUCUGUGCAGUGCUGGAGGAGGGGAUACCAGAGUUAAAAGCUGGCCUUCGAAUGCUCAUGGAUGGGGUAGAGUCACAAAGGGUUGAAUUAAAUAGAAUUAUGCUUGACUAAGUCCUAUGCUAAUUAAGGCUGCAACAUUUUUCAUCACAAAGCUGCCUUGUUUUUGAAUUCUUUGCAUUAGUCUAAGACUGACUGACAGGAGGUAAGGGAGGAUGGCUAUAGAAUGGAUUGUGUAUUAUUUCCGACGAUUAAAACAAGAGCCUGUUUUCCAGCAAUUCAGAAGCCUUUUGAUACUCAUAAGUAUGAUGAACUCCAAAGAUUUCACUUGUUUAUUGAGCACUCAAUAGUUGAGGA